GGAGCAAACCAUCCUAUGCAAUAUUACCAUCAAUGCAGAUGAUUUCGUCGAAAAAAAUGAGACAUUUUUUCUCAAAAUUUCAUCACCAACAGAAAUACUUCAUUUUCCCGAACCUCGCGCUAACAUUACCAUUAUAAAUAAAAAUGUUGCUACAGUGAAGUUUAAGAAAAGUUCUUAUUCAUUUUUUGAAAACAAUAACAGCGUUUCAAUGGAAAUAAUUCUUCAUGGUAAAAUUACGUUCGACAUAACUGUCAAUGUAACUACACAAGAUCACUCUGCUAAAAGUAACGAAGAUUAUAUUCUUAAUACAUCCUCAGUCAAAUUUACUCCAAAUGACAGUGGUCCAAAAAUUGUAAAUAUUUCGUUGAUUCGAGAUAACUUACAUGAAAUGGCAGAGGAUUUCUUCGUCUUGUUGAAUGUAUCAGAUGAAAAUGUCAACAUUACAAUGGAUAAAACAAAUAUAACUAUCUUGGAUUCUGAUGAUGUUGCUGUUCUUUUUGAAAAAAAUCAUUACGUAUUUCAUGAAGGCAAACUCGUGUCUGUACCUAUAAGUCUAGACAGAAAUAUAAGUAUUCCUGUGAACGUCAGCAUCGUCUCAGACUCGUUCAAUGCAACAGCAAAAGAAAACAGUGAUUACAAUAUAGUAAAUCCGAUAGUUGUGUUUAAACCAAAUGAUGGGAAGAAGACCAUUGGAUGUAAUUUAACUAUUUUCGAUGAUGGUCUCGUCGAAAGAAAUGAGACAUUUUUUCUCGAAACUUCGCCAAAGACAAAAGGGAAACAAAGCACGAAAGUUACCAUUAUAUCUAAAAAUGUUGCUACAGUGAAUUUUUCUAAAAGUUUUUAUUCAGUUUUGGAAAACAAUAACAACGUUUCAAUUGAAGUAAUCCUUCAUGGUAACAUUACGUUCGACAUAACUGUCAAUCUAGUUACAAAGAAUGGCUCUGCCGAAGAAGGUGUGCAUUACAGAAAUCCAACAACUAACUCCAUAACAUUUAAACCAUCUCAACAAGAGAUUAAAGAGAUUAAAAUACCCGUCAUUAACAAUAACAUCAGUGAAUCUGAGAAAAACUUUAUAGUAAAAGUUGAGUCGUCCGAUCUGAAUGUAGUCAGCAACGAAUCAGCCACCAUCUGGAUAUUGAAAUAUGAUCUUUUCACUGAGUGGAGUGGCUGGAGUAAUUGCAUUUGUGGUGUCAGAAAUAGAACCUGCCGCUAUCAUUGGGCAGUAGGAGAUUGCUUUGGAAAGCUCAUGGAAACAGAACCAUGUGAUAUUUCUUUUUGUUCUGAUGAUAAUAAAGAGUGGCCAAACAAGGAAGGGUGCAAUGUUACAUGUAUGACUCCCGUUGAGACAAAAAAUUGUUUGAACACUACUCAAUACUCUUCCAACCUUCCAGUGAAAUGUCCGUUUCGACAUUGUCCAGUCGAUGGUUGUUACAAAGAAUGGGGGAAAUGGUCACAAUGUAGUAAGACAUGUGGAAGUGGAAAAACCCAUCGUACUAGACAAUGUAGUGAACCUCUGUAUGGUGGGAAAAACUGCCAUGGUGAUAUUUUCUAUGAAGAAAAAAUAUGUACAAACCCAGUUAUUUGUCCUGACGAGUUUAAUUUUACAUCAUGGAGUGAAUGGAGCAUAUGUAAUGUAUCUUGCAACUUUGGACAAAGAAUACGUACUCGAGUGUGCAAAGAAGAAAGUAGUAAAUUUUGUAAAGGAAGAACUAAUCAAACCGAAACAUGUAAUGCAGGCCCAUGUCCUCAAAAUGGUAAUUGGAGCACUUGGUCAGAGUGGCCAUAUUGUCCAGGUUCUUGUGGAAGUGCAAUUUUGAAUCGAUCACGAACAUGCAAUAACCCUCCUCCUAAACACGGCGGAAAUAAUUGUUCUGGUGCAGCAACUGAAGAAAUGGCCUGCAACCAUACAAAGCCUUGUACAAAUGAAAGUGGGUUUACUGAAUGGAGUACGUGGUCGCUUUGCAGUAAAACGUGCGAUAAUGGCGAACAAGUUCGAGAGAGAAAUUGUAGACCUGGUCAAGACAUGUAUUGCACUCUUGAAAGUUUGCAAAGAAAACAGUGCUUUGAAAAAGCGUGCCCAGUGAACGGUGGUUGGUCACAAUGGGGUGAGUGGAGUCGUUGUAGUUCCUCAUGUGGUUCAGGUGUAAAAUAUCGCGUGAGGUUAUGUAACAGUCCUAAACCCGACAACGAUGGCCUUAAAUGCUAUGGAAAACAGAGAAGAAGAAUCACAAUCCUCGAUGAAAAACAUCUACUGCAACCUCAUAACGACAAACCCAAUUACACUUUUUUAAAGAUUGAGAAAAUGUACUUUCUGCCUAAAUACCCACCUGAAAAUCCUAAUCCAAUAUGUAUAUCACCAGAAAAAGAUUAUCAAUAUUUGAGCUGCUAUGAUAAGUCAUGUAAAAUUGAUGGCAAUUUUAGCCAUUGGUCAUUCUGGUCAUUGUGUAGUGUAACGUGUGGAGGAGGUAUACGCAGAAGGAAACGAAUGUGCGAUCAUCCUUCUCCAAAAUAUGGCGGAAAAGAUUGUCCCGGAAAAAGAUUGGAUGUGCAAGAUUGUAACGCAAGUAAAACCUGUCCAGAUGACGAUUCGUACAAACCUUGGACUUCCUGGUCAAACUGUUCACGUGGCUGCGAGGGAACUACGACGAGGAAACGUGAUUGUAAAGAAAACUGUUCAAUUUCUCAAAAUCAGACCAAAGAAUGCAACACUGAACUGUGUGUUGUUAAUGGUAGCUGGUCAGAAUGGACAAGUUGGUCAUUGUGUGAUCUGAAUAAAUGUGGCGAACAAAGCGAGCGUAGAAAUCGAGUUUGCGACGAUCCUAAACCACAAGCUGGAGGAGAGCAGUGUAUGGGUGAUGAUUUUGAGACGAUGCCAUGUCGAUAUGGACAACCUCGACCAUGUAAUAAAAAAAUUACCCGCGCUGGUUGGACGGAUUGGUCUUGGUGGAAAAUUUGCUCAAAGAGUUGUGGCAAAGGAGUAGAAUCAAGAUAUCGCAGAUGUAUCAACCCACCACCAACAUCUGGAGGUUUGAAAUGUUCUGGCAAAUCGAAUGAAACAAAAUUUUGCAAUGAUUGUCCUUGCCCAGGUAAUUACGUAAUAUUUUAACUGAACUAUAGCAGACAAUAUAAU